AUGAUUGUUCCAGAUAGAAUGGUGGAUACUAGUGAUCUGGACCAACAAAUAGAACAGCUCAGGAGGUGUGAGAUUAUCAAGGAGAGUGAUGUCAAGAUACUCUGCGCUAAAGCCAGGGAAAUUCUAGUUGAAGAGAGUAAUGUGCAGAGAGUAGAUAGUCCUGUAACAGUGUGCGGGGAUAUACAUGGACAGUUCUACGAUCUUAGAGAAUUAUUUAAGGUUGGAGGAGAUGUACCUAACACGAAUUAUUUGUUCAUGGGGGAUUUUGUAGACCGUGGAUUCUACAGUGUUGAAACAUUCCUCCUUCUCCUAGCUCUUAAGGUUCGGUAUCCUGACAGAAUAACUCUGAUCCGAGGGAAUCACGAGUCCAGACAGAUCACUCAGGUGUACGGAUUCUACGACGAAUGUCUACGAAAGUACGGAAGUAUCACAGUAUGGAGAUACUGUACCGAGAUAUUUGAUUACUUAUCUCUUUCCGCAAUCAUUGAUGGAAAAAUAUUCUGUGUCCAUGGCGGGCUCUCACCCAGUAUACAAACCCUAGACCAGAUACGGACUAUUGAUAGGAAACAGGAGGUUCCUCAUGAUGGUCCUAUGUGUGAUCUACUCUGGUCUGAUCCUGAAGAUACACAGGGCUGGGGAGUCUCACCAAGAGGCGCUGGAUACUUGUUCGGACAUGAUGUUGUUGCUCAGUUCAAUACAGCAAAUGAUAUAGAGAUGAUCUGUAGGGCCCACCAGCUGGUGAUGGAAGGCUAUAAAUGGCACUUUAAUGAAACAGUUCUGACUGUGUGGUCUGCCCCAAACUAUUGCUACAGAUGUGGGAAUGUUGCCGCUAUUCUGGAGCUUGACGAAAACCUACAGAGAGAUUUCACAAUAUUCGAGGCUGCUCCCCAGGAAAGUAGAGGAGUUCCUGCCAAGAAGCCUCAACCCGACUACUUUUUAUAAACAACAACCACAACAACAACAAAUACAACUUUUCAUAUUAAA